AUGACCACAGACGUCGAAACCGUCGAUGACGCCGACGAUCAGGGUUGGUCUGUAAGCGGGAUCGACAACAGCGCCGUGGUCCGCACGGUCUACGGAGUAAUCGGUUUCAGCGGAAUGGCUGGAAACGCGCUCGUCUGCUUCGUUCUCAUACGCGUUCCUUCGCUUCGUACACGCACGAGCCAGUUCAUCAUCAACCUCGCCAUUGCCGAUUUUCUCACCUCAUUUUGGCUAAUACCCUUUCACAUGUUUCCACGUGCACCGCCCUUAACAAAGGGACUGUCAGGCGAAUUAAUGUGUCGCCUUUACAUCUCGAAAUACAUCCUGUGGGUGUCGGCUGUCAUGUCCAUUUAUUUCUUGGUGGCCGUGACUUUGGAACGCUACGUUGCCGUGGUGCAUCCAUUGAAGUAUAAGCGGGUUUUCACAACAAAGUUCACCUUGCUCGUUUCCGCAUGUUGCUGGUUGAUCGGCAUCCUGUCGCCAAUAUUUUUCUUCUUCAUCUACGAUGUUCGCGAUGGAGUCUGUGUCUUCUUGCCCUACCCAAGCCGGGCUCACCAAAUGGUAUUUCAAUUAGUGUAA